UUUACAUCUUGGUAGACCCUAGCUUUAGUUAGCCACACCUUCCUUUUCUCUAUAUGUAUUGCUCCAUCCUCUUAGCUGUAAACUUCAUAAUCCAUAUAUUCAUUCUUCUCCAAACAUAUCCAUCGCUCUGUUUUUCCUAGAACUUACCUUAACUUAUCAUCACAACUUCAUAAAUAUUAAUAUUUUCAUACACCAUAAUGCCAUCUGUUCAUUCUAGUCCUUUCUACCCAAUGGAAACUCCAGCAAUAGCAUCACUUCUCCGGCACACAUCCGGCGAAAAGCGGAACAAAUUCUCCGCCGGCGGCCUCUUAAAGAUGUUCAAACUCUUCCCUAUGUUAACAUCAGGUUGCAAAAUGGUAGCACUAUUAGGAAGGCCAAGAAAGCCUAUGCUAAAAGACAGUGCCACAACAGGCACAAUCUUCGGUUACAGAAAAGGAAGAGUUAUCAUAGCAAUACAAGAAGAUACGCGUCAAAUGCCGAUUUUUCUCAUCGAAUUACCGAUGCUAACGAGCGCGUUAAACAAAGAGAUGUCAUCCGAUAUAGUGAGAAUCGCGCUGGAGAGCGAGACGAAGACGAAUAAGAAGAAACUGCUUGAAGAGUUUGUUUGGGCUGUGUAUUGUAAUGGUAGGAAAGUUGGUUAUUCUAUAAGGAGGAAACAAAUGGGUGAUGAAGAACUUCAAGUUAUGCAACAUUUGAGAGGCGUGUCCAUGGGAGCUGGCGUGUUGCCGACCGCAUCGGAUCAUAAGGAUAGUUCUGAUGGUGAAAUGACUUAUAUGAGAGCAAGGUUUGAAAGAGUUGUUGGUUCUAAGGAUUCUGAAGCUUUUUAUAUGAUUAAUCCUGAUAAUAAUAUUAACAAUAGUAAUCAAGGACCUGAGUUUAGUAUAUUUUUUGUUAGAGCUAACUAGAAUCAAUAUUGUACGUGUUAUAUAUAUAUAUAUAUAUAAUUGAUGUGUAUCUAUGUAUCAGAUUAUAUUCUAAGCUUGAGAAUAUUAUGAUUUAUGAUCAAGUUAGUUCUUUCAUCAAGAACAAAUAACACAAAGAUUUUUGAGGUUUGAAGCAAUUUAUCUUCUAGAUU